UGAUGAAAGCAUACGCGGGCGAGAGAUUGACUCGUUCAAAGAGACAUACUCAAAGAUCGACAGCUCCAUUGCCCUUCUCUGUGUGUGCGGGAAUCACGAUGUGGGUAACACACCCACAACCAACACUAUAAGCAAUUACAAAAAGGAUUUCGGCGACGAUUACUUCUCAUUCUACAUUAAGGGUGUUAAAGGUAUUGUGCUCAAUUCCAAUCUACUCUACGACCCCAGUGGAGCCAUUGACGAGUACGAGAAACAGAACGUGUGGCUCCAGAAUGAAUUGGCGUCGGUCGACCAUACAAAAACGCGCGUGAUAGUGUUUAUGCACCAUCCAUUGUUCUUGAAGUUUAACUGCGAUAGUCGUGACUUUUGCGACGGUAGAAGUAUUGCAUUAAACCGAUGGAUGAUACCUAAGUAUCAAAAGUGA